CACCAGCGUACGUCGCUUCCGAUGGGCCCCGUCCCCUCCGGCUCCACCAAUAUGGAGAGAGUUUGGGGGAGCUGAGCCAAUCGAAAUAGAGGAGAAUUAAAGAAUUGGAACGUAAACAAAAGUAUACUUCGAAAUUGAUGACAGUACGUCACAGUGACGUGUCGAUCACGUGAGCGCCGCCGCUGCCACUGGUGAUCUAAGAUGGCGGCUAGUAAUUAUUAUGGAUUCACACAUGCAGCCGCUGCAGCCACCGGCCCGCAAUACAGCACACAGCCACCCCCUGCAUAUACCCACCCGACCACGGGCAGCUAUAGCGUUCAGCCCGCCCCAGGUGUGGCCCACGCCGUUACCGCCUCGUACCCGGCAGCCACCGCCCAACCUGUUCGGCCGGCAGCAACUGCCCCCUAUCCCGCUUACCAGACCCACCCUGCCCCAAACUAUGGGUAUCGGCAACCUGAACCUACCCCCCAGCCGACGACCACCCCUCAAACCUACCAGGUUUUAGCAGAACCGGAGAACUAUACUUAUGGACGGCCUCCAUCAGUCAGUACCUAUGACAACAAGCAGUAUUUUCAAACAAGCAUCGCACCUGCACAACGCACCGCAACAGAUGCCUACUUCCAAACAGGGUUGAAAAGUGUCUAUAGCCCCGUGAGUACAGCGUACAGCCAACCCCCUGUCCAGAGGCAGGUUGCGACUUUAAAACCACCACCUGCUCCCAGCUCAGUGUCCUCAAGCUACACGAUCUACCCAACGUCCACCAGCGUGCAGCAAACUCCAACCCCGAUAUCCACUUACACCCCCAGUUCUUCCUUCAACUCUACAGCUGCGACGUCUUACUCUGGCCAUAACUAUUCCAGCUAUGACUCUACCGGUUACACGUCCGCUCCGUCGUACUUCCAGCCAGCCCCGCAGCCCCAGCCGCAACCCCCAGUGCAGCAAGCGCAGCAGGCUCCCCCGCAGCAGCAGCAGCCCUCCAAACAGCUCACCAACUCCUCCUGGAGCAACACAGGGGGACACACGGCGUCUAACCCAGGGAUUAAUGCGUACAAAAAGCCAGCGUUUCACCAAAACAAGAUCCAGAAACCCAAAGGCCCACCUAAACAGCCGCAGCUGCACUACUGCGACAUCUGCAAGAUAAGCUGCGCUGGUCCACAGACGUAUCGAGAACAUCUUGAAGGACAGAAGCACAAGAAGAAGGAAGCGGCUCAGAAAAGCGGCAGUCAGGUGACUAACGGAUCUCGUGGAGUCCAGACGCAGCUGCGCUGUGAGCUGUGUGACGUGUCGUGCACCGGCGCCGACGCUUAUGCUGCGCACAUUCGGGGAGCCAAGCAUCAGAAGGUGGUAAAGUUGCACACCAAGCUAGGAAAACCCAUUCCAUCCUCCGAGCCUGUUUUCGUGAGCUCUACCCCUGUUACGGUGACGUCAACGACUACUGGCAAAACAUCAGCUGCGACGGGCUCCGCCCCUAGUGCCGUCCCGCAAAAGACGUCAGCUGCGCCUCCAUCCAAACUCAUGGCUGCUCCUGUGAAGAAACCUACGCCUGCUAAAAUUUCUUUCAUCUGCAGUAAAACAUCCGCACCAGCCCCUUUGAAGAUCGAGGAGCCGAAGCCGUCGGUGGUCAAGACGGACCCUAUGAGUGAUGAAGAUGAUGCUGAUGGACCCGGAGCACAAGGAGACAUUCAGCCUGUCGGACAUGACUACGUAGAAGAGGUUCGAAAUGACGACGGCAAGGUGAUUCGCUUCCACUGUAAACUGUGUGAAUGUAGCUUUAAUGAUCCGAAUGCUAAAGACAUGCACCUGAAGGGCCGAAGACAUCGCCUGCAGUACAAGAAAAAAGUGAACCCGGACCUUCCGGUGGAGAUCAAACCUAGUAAUCGAGCAAGGAAACUCCUGGAAGGCAAACUGAGAAAACAGAAGCAGAAGUCCGUGCUGAAAAGACAACAGGAGGACGAGCAGCGCUGGCACAUGGAGAUGAGGAGGUACGAGGAGGACCUGUAUUGGAGGAGAGUGGAGGAGGAGCAGAUAUACUGGGGGGAGCAGAGGCGCAGAAUGGCUCCGCCUCCUCUCAUGGGCCACCCCAGCAUGCCCGUGCCACCCCUAUUGGCCGUACGCCGCCCAGAUUCGCCUGACGACCGUCACAUCAUGGCCAAACACUCGACCAUCUACCCUGGGGAGGAGGAGCUUCAGGCCGUUCAACGAAUCGUCUCGCAUUCUGAGCGCGCCCUCAAACUGGUCUCUGAUUCGCUGCUGGAGACUGAUGGGUCGGCCUUAGAUGACAAAGAUGCAACGGACAAGCAAUCGGAAUCUCAGCCUCGUGUCCUGAAAGGAGUCAUGCGUGUGGGAAUUUUGGCUAAAGGCCUCCUGCUCCGCGGUGAUCACAACGUUCAGCUCAUUCUGCUGGCGGAUAAGAAACCGACCAUCACUUUGUUAAAAACCAUCGCUGAACAGCUUCCCAAACAGCUAGCGACCUUUUCUGAAGAUCAGUAUGAGGUGCAGGUUCAGCCCGAGGAGGCCAACAUCCUGAUAUUUUCAAGCAAGGAACCAAAAAUGCAGGUGACCGUCUCGCUUACGUCACCGAUGAUGCGAGAAGACCCCGCACCCAACAUGGAGAAAGUCCCACAGAAAAACCCUACUGAUGUUCUCAACCGGAUCAAGUGCCUUGAGUAUUUAGCGGCUCUGCGUCAUGCUAAAUGGUUUCAGGCCCGGGCGAAUGGUCUUCAGUCAUGCGUGAUCGUUAUUCGGAUUCUGCGGGAUCUGUGUCAGCGUGUGCCUACCUGGAGCAAGAUGCCCGACUGGGCCAUGGAGCUGCUCGUGGAGAAAGCCAUCAGCAGUGCAUCCGGACCCCUCAGUCCUGGAGAAGCUCUGCGGAGAGUUCUGGAAUGCAUCGCAACUGGGAUUCUCCUGCCAGAUGGUCCAGGUCUUCUCGACCCGUGUGAGAAGGGUCAGAAAGACGUUCUGAGCAGCAUGUCGAAACAAGCCAGAGAAGAUGUGACCGCUAGUGCACAGCAAGCGUUGCGGCUGCUGGCUUUUCGUCAGAUACAUAAGGUUCUCGGCAUGGGUUCCUUACCGGCCUCCAAAGCCGGAUCACGAAACCGCAAGAGACGGCGAGACGCCAGCGACGUCGGCGAGGGAGAAGCCGACGGAAAGAAAGAUAAACGAGACGAUUCUCUUGACCUGUGAGGUUAUGGUCACACAAUCUUAAGUAACAGAAUUUAAUACGUCUUUUAAUAUGUAUAAAUAUCACUCAAAGAGGAAGACUGUAAGGAAAAUCUUGAAAGUUCCGUUUUUUGAGAAGUGGAAAAUAAAUGUAAAAACAUA